AUGCUUCUGUUUAUUUUUUUUUAUAGAAUAAUCGCCUAUGAAUGUUGUCCUGGUUAUGAAAAGGUGCCUGGAGUGAAAGGGUGCCCUGCAGCACUUCCUCUUUCAAACAUUUAUGAAACCUUGGGAGUUGUUGAAGCAGCUACAACACAAAUAUAUUCAGAGAAAGCCAACCUAAAACCUGAAAUUGAAGGUCCUGGCAGUUUUACCAUUUUUGCACCAAGUAAUGAGGCAUGGAAAGCUUUGCCAGCUGAAAUAUUAGAUGCCUUAGUGAGCAACGUUAACAUUGAGCUUCUGAACGCACUCCGUUAUCAUAUGGUCGACAGACGCCUACUGACAGAUGAGCUGAAACAUGGGAUUACCAUACCAUCAAUGUACCAAAACCUUGACAUACAUGUACACCACUAUCCCAAUGGUAUCGUUACAGUAAACUGUGCCAGACUUAUAAAGGCCGACCAUCAUGCAACAAAUGGCGUAGUCCAUGUGAUUGAUAAAGUAAUUACAGCCGUCACAAACAAUAUUGCCCAAGUGGUUGAUACUGAGGACAGCCUGGAGACUCUACGAGCUGCUGUAGCUGCAUCACAGCUUAUUGAUAUCCUGGAAUCUGAAGACAAGCAGUAUACACUUCUUGCUCCCACCAAUGAAGCCUUUGAAAAAGUUUCACCAGAAACACUGAACAGAAUCCUUGGUGACCCAGAGGCAUUGAAAGAUCUGUUGAAUCACCACCUCCUGAACAAUGCCCAGUGCUCAGAAGCAAUCAUUGCUGGAUCUUCUAUUGAAACGGUUGAGGGAACUCCGGUGGAAGUUGGCUGCCAUGGUGAUGAGCUCACACUCAACGGAAAAGCUAUCAUCUCUAAAAAAGACAUUUUGGCUACAAAUGGAGUUGUUCACUUUGUUGAUGAAUUGUUGAUUCCAGAUUCAGCUAAAACUUUAUCCGAACUGGGGAAAGAUUCAGUUGCCUCUAUAGUUAUUGAUUUGUUCAGUCAAGCUGGAUUGGGUUCUCACCUUUCUGUAGAUGAACGAGUUACAGUAAUAGCUCCACACAACAAUGCGUUUAAAGAUGGAGCACCGAACAUUGACAAAGACAUGACCAAUUUACUUCAGAAUCACAUUAUAAAAGAUCAGCUUUCUUCCAAAUAUCUUUAUCAUGGUCAAGUUUUGGAAACAGUUGGUGGAAAAAAACUGAGAGUAUUUGUAUACCGGAAUGCUCUUUGCAUUGAAAACAGUUGUAUUGAUGCACAUGACAAAAAGGGAAGAUAUGGCACAAUGUUUAUUGUUGACAAGCUGUUGACUCCACCAUCAGGAAAUGUAAUGGAUGUUCUUAAAGCUGAUAAUCGCUUCAGCUUAUUAGUGGCUGCAAUCCAGUCUGCUGGACUUACUGAGACACUGAACAGAGAAGGCACUUUCACGGUCUUCGCUCCAACAGAUGAAGCUUUCCGCGCUCUCCCAAGAGCAGAAUUAAACAGAUUGUUAGGUAAUGCCAAAGAGCUUUCGAAUCUUUUGAAGUAUCACAUUGGUGAGGAGAUCCUAGUCGGUGGAUCAGUUAGUCAACUUGUAAGAGUAAAGUCUCUGCAGGGUGGGAAACUGGAAGCCAGCUCGAAAAACUCCACACUACAUGUCAACAAACAGCGUGUUUCUGAAGCAGACCUGAUGGCAACGAAUGGUGUGGUCCAUGCUAUCAGCACCAUGUUACAGCCACCAAGUAAGAAGUCCCAAGAACGAGGAGAUGAGCUCUCAGAUGCUGGGCUUGAUAUUCUGAGGCAAGCUGCUGCAUAUUCAAAGGUAAAUUUCAGAAAACAGAGACGUCAAAUAGCCUAUUUAUAUUUUCAUGCAAUUUUCAUCCAGGAUUCACAUAUUAUUUUAGUUGAAUCCAAUUAUAAAAAUUGGCAGAUAAGUAACAGUUAUGUGAAUCUUGCAUGA